GUGGGGGUCAGUGGGGGACAUUUUUGUAUUUGUUUGUUUUAAUUUGUUUGUAUGCUAGCUAAUGCCGUGAAUGCCAUUGCCAAGUGUGCUUUGCUCGUGGUCUGUCGCUGGGUAUUUAGCUUUCUCUGGUUGGUUAGUUUAAAAUCGUAUGUGGUUUGAAGCUAGUUUUAACAGUUUUGUUUUUUGCGUUUGUUAAAAGAGUGUAGUAGAGAAGAGAGAAAUCCAUUCUAUUUGAUAAUCAACUCCUUGGUAACCUGCUAACCAAUGGGUAACCCUGUAGGCGCUGCCGCAGUUGCUGGAGUUAUUCCGGCUUGGAAAAUGCAGGCAGCAUAUGAGGUGCAGCAAGCCUUAGUGGCCCCAGGAACUCCUGAGCAGAAGCAUCAAGAGAUACUGGAGAUAGUUAAGAACAAUCCGGAAAUGUUGGCUGCAUAUAAAAAGUUUCUUCAGAUGGAGAAGUUUAUGGCCGAGAAGCAAGCGCUCUUUGCCAAACGUGCCCAAGAGGCAAAGCAGAUGAGGGAUCAACCAGGUCCUUCCACUCGACGCUGAUCAGCAAAUUUAUUGAGCAAGAUCUUGUGGCAAUUCUUCUCAUUAGCAGUCACAACAAAUACUAUUAAUAAUAAUGUUUUUUAAAAAUGUAUAAUCUUUCUUAAAAAUAUAUAAUCUUUCUAAUAA